GCGGUGCCUGUGGCCUCACGGGUGCCCGGUGCCGCAGUCGCCGCCCACCCCCCCACCCACCCUGGUGCAGCCACCGCCAUGAAGCGCGACCCGCAGCACCCCGAGGAGUGCCCGGGUCGGCCGGAGCCGCCGCUGCCGUCUCCCUCAAUCUCCACCUUACCCGCAGAGGGCGCGGAGCUGGAUCUGACGCCGCCGGUGUGGAUCUUCGGGUACGGGUCGCUGGUGUGGAGACCGGGCUUCGAGUUCACGUCGCGCAAGGUGGGCUUCAUCCGCGGCUACAGCCGCCGCUUCUGGCAGGGCGAUACCUUCCACCGCGGCAACGAGAGGAUGCCCGGGCGGGUGGUGACGCUGCAGGAGGACUGCGGGGCAUGCACAUGGGGUGUAGCCUAUGAAGUCUGCGGGGAGCAAAUCCCUGCAUCGCUCCAGUACCUCAACAUGAGAGAAGCUGUGCUGGGAGGCUACGACACCAAGUUGGUGAAGUUCCACCCUCAGGAGAAAGAUGCGGAGGAACCCAUCCUGGCUCUUGUUUACAUUGCAACACCCCAAAAUCCUUCUUACCUCGGCCCGGCAUCUGAGGAAGACAUUGCAGCUCAAAUCAUUGUCUCAAGUGGUUGUGCUGGUCAUAACAUUGAGUACUUGCUGAGGCUGGCAGACUUCAUGCGCUACUUUUGUCCUCAGGCAGAGGAUAAGCAUCUCUUCUCCAUUGAAGAGGCUCUCAUUUCCAUCCUUCCAUGCCUGUACUACACUGAGGAGCCUCUGGAAGAAACUGCAAAUGUCCCUCAGGAUUCUAAGAGCUGAAAUAGGCAAUCCUUUUGCAGGGUCCCAGUAGAAGGGACCUAAGGGAGGAUGGUCACCAGUGGUGACAAUCUUGACUCUCAAUACAGUGUCCUGGACUGAGGGAAGAGAGGGAGAAUUAGCACGUAGUAAGGAGAGGGAGGAAGUGGAGUAAAACCUGCUUGCUGUAGGACUUGCAAUUAGUACUUGUUACACUCCUUCCCUGUAGCAACCACAAUAGACAUCACUGCUUUCCAGGUGGGGAGCAGGGAUCUUCACUGGAACUUUGCUCUGUAAGACUUGCUUCCAGGGAUCAACCCUUGAAGCACUUGCUUUCUUUAGAGACAAAAGAGGCUUAUCUGUGUGCUUUUUCUUUUUUUUUUUUUUUUUUUUUUUUCUUGUAAGACUUAGUUGAGCAGGACUUGACUGGGUUUAAGCAGUAUAUAUGGAAUUCUACCUCAGAUUGGCAAAAAAGCUGUUUGUGGGAUCACAGGGACUUGGGCAGGUUCUGCCAGAUAAGAUUUUUUUUUGGUUUUUUCUUUUUCCUCUUCUGCCAUGUUCCACCUCUGGUACAAUUAUCUGACACUAAAUUUUAGGACUUCUGUGCAAUAUUAAGUGAACUGGCCUUUGGAAGUAGGAUCUUGUGGAUCCUACUUCCUGGUGUGAAGGCUCACAGUAAUGCACUUAUUUUCUAAAACAUAUUUAUUACGUGUUUGUAUUUCCUCUGAGGGAGGGGUACCUGAACUUCUCACAUCCUACAGUGGUAUGUAGCCCACAUUCAACCUUGCAUUUGUGCCUUCUAGUUUUAAAUCAGUUUUAUGAGGAGCUAAGCUUGCUUUAAUUACAGAAGCAGUCGUCCAGACUUCACUGAUGUUGUGCUGCUACAAAACUGCAUAAGCAAUGGUCCUGCCUGCUUGGGGAGCCUGCUGUCUGCAAGGAAGCUGUCCAGAUGCAGCAGCACUUUUAACCAGCUGUGUACUGGAUAACCCUUGUGUGCUUCAGGAUAAUGAGAGUUCCUGUAGAAGCAUACGAGGGUUCUAGUUCUAUACCUGGGUGUCUGGUACCUUUUCCUUUGAUUGCAAAGGACCAUGACUUAGCAUGUUUGCAAGCCUUUGAGCUGCUGGGAAGCCUGCCUCGAUCAUGUUAUGCAGAGACACUGCUGCAAGCUCAGACUCUUCAGCUUCACAUAUUAAAAGCAUGAAAACUCACAGUAUUUUGUAAGAAAACAGCUGCAACUGCAGCAAAAUAGCUCUUCAGAGCUGGCCCUUGGGAUGUCUGACUCCUCCCAAAUAUUAUGUGAUUUUCUAUUAUAAAAAAAAAAAAAAAGAUAGGGACUGUUUGUAUUACUGUGGCUUGUAUGUAUAUGAGGUGGUACUGUGCUGUGCCCAGUAAUAAAACAAACUGACAAAGUUAGUCUUCU